AUGGUGCGUCGCGCGCGUUCCCGCUGGAACGCGUCGCCAGCUGGCGGACUUUGGAUCCGACCGUCUUUGUUGUGGUGGUCGUCGCGACCGCGACCGGGACCGGGACCGGGUCCGGCGAGGCGCAGAUCGCGCUGUCCUCGGACGAGGCGACGAGACGGCGAUGAUGGACACGCUGCGUUUCAGUGGUGCGAGCUCAGAGGGUUCGACCCGUCCGCGACGAUCGAGGACUGGAACGACGGCUCGACUACUGCGGCUGGCUCUCGAAGAGAGGCGAGCGAUCCAAGUGGCGAAGGCGGUGGUUCGUCCUCAAAGAGAACAAGGGGGUCAUCGACCUCGCCGCGGUGAACACCGCGUGCACGGCGUCGAAGCAGAGGCGGGAAAGGCGCACGCGUCGAUCUCAUCGGAAGCGCGGACGCGGAGAAG